AUGAACGAAGAUACAGAGGUGUGGAGGCCAGCAUUGUGCCAGCUGGUUUUAAAGGAGACCGAGGCGAAAAGGGGAAAACUGGCAAACGCGGAUUUCCAGGACCACAUGGACCAAGAGGCUCGAAGGGGCCUCCAGGGUAUCCAGGAAUACCUGGUUUGCCAGGCAAACGAGGAUCGCCGGGAACCGCUGGCACACCUGGACCUAGAGGGCGCUCCCGGACUUCAAGGGAUCAAAGGAGUGAAGGGAAAUAAGGGUGCUCAAGGGCUUCCCGGAGUUAUCGGAAUGCCUGGAGCCAAAGGUGAGCGUGGUCUUCCUGGACCGAAAGGUUUGAAAGGUGAUCCGGGCAUUGCCGGGCCACGUGGUCGUCCUGGAUUUCCGGGUCGUGUAGUUAUAUUAAAAGAAUGCGUUGACGUUAACACCACUUCGUCACCUGUUAUUGAGGACUUAAAUUCGACAGAAACAGAAAUCAACCCUCAGGUAAGCUUCUAUGAUAAUGUUUCGUUGAGUGAUUGCAGCGAUGAGAAUGUCUAA